UUUACCCAUUAAUCAGAGACCACAUACCAUUGUUUCUGAGUAACAAGUCACAAGACACUAUUUUUACAUAUCUUUUGUCAGUUGCCACUUUACUGGUCUAUGAUGGAGUCUUUGUCAGUGAAUGAAUGGCUGUAAAGAAUAAGUCAGACUUCUUCCUUUACACUUGUCUCUGCUUUUUUUCAAAAGAAUGGGUCUUUAAUUAUAACUAGCAAGUAUUAUUGAUUCUUACUCCAUCCAAAAGACUAGUUUCAUCUUAUAACCAAGAAAGGGGUACAUUAUACAGUCAAAUUACAGAUAAAAGAAAAAGAAACUGUCACCCUUUUUCCUUUUAUCUUUUUCUGUUCUGUCUUUGCAAGAAUCUCUACUGUGUUUUUGAAACUUAAGUACAGUCAAGAAUUUAGAGGCAAAAAUUGAAUUGUGUGAUGGAAUCAUCAUCAUCAUCAUCAUCAUCAAAGAGGGCCAAGGCACCAGGGAAUAUAGUUCAUUGCUUGGUUGAUGGGUGUAAUGCAGACCUCAGUGAAUGCAGAGAGUAUCAUCGCCGGCAUAAAGUUUGUGAGGUGCAUUCAAAGACUGCCAAAGUCACCAUUGCAGGUCGAGACCAACGCUUCUGUCAGCAAUGCAGCAGGUUUCAUUCAUUGGUAGAAUUUGAUGACGGAAAGAGAAGCUGUCGGAAACGUCUUGAUGGACAUAACAGGCGUCGAAGGAAGCCUCAGCCAGAUUCUAUGGCAAAAAAUUCUGGAUUACUUUUUGGCCAACAAGGAUCGGAACUCCUGUCAUUUAGCAGUCAACAAAUAUUUCCAAGUGCAGUUGUGAGCUCUGCAUGGGCUGGCGUUGUCAAAACAGACAGUGAUAUGGUAUUAUACAACAACCAAUCACAUAUGAAUGGUAUGGACAGUCAAAACUCGUUCCCUGAUUCUUCGGGUCAUAGCUAUACAGGAGGAAGCCAAUUCCAGUUCAUGCAAGGCAGUGAUCAUAGUCUGACUGAAUCUUCUUCAAUCUGCCAGCCACUUUUUGAACAUCCCACUUCUGCAGCAGGAAUUUCUAGCAGCGGACAAAAGAUCUUCUCCAGUGGAUUAAAUGAUAUUGUUGAUUCUGAUCGUGCUCUCUCUCUUCUGUCAUCAGCACCCGCUGUAACUAGGGAGAUUGGUUUGAGUCACAUGGUGCAGCAGCCUGCCUCUAUCCCGCGUUCCCAGUCACAGGGCCUGCAGUAUGAUGGUCUAAGCCAUUUCCCUUUUGCUCAAGAUUUCAAUAGCAAACCUCAAGAUUCACAUGUUAGCAACAGCAGCAGCCCUCUCCAUUUCCAUGAUAUGUUGCAAAAUGCACAAGAUGGAUCAUCUACAAGUGGUGGCUCUCAGCAAACACUAGCCUUUAUGUGGGACUAAACUUUUAACAUCAAGGAUAUUCCGUUAAUCUUGAAUCCAUCCAACCAAAUGGUAUUCCAUUUCAGAAUGUUUAGCUUCUAAUUAGAGUCGAAUGUUUGUGUGAUAUAUCACUUAACUUUUCUAUAUUUUCCCUUCAUUAUGACGAUUCUCUCCUCUC